AUGAAGCCAGCUGUGGCUCUGCUGGGCCUCGUCCUCCUGCUGGACACCACCUUUGCUGCAGAAGAGUCCUGUGACGGUCGCUGUAGCAUCUUCAACCCGCUGACAAAAUGUCAAUGUGACUCCAUGUGUGUGUACUAUGGAAGCUGCUGUGGCGACUUUGACACCUUCUGCCCUAAAAAAAUUGCUCGUGGCGAUACCUUUAAGGAAACAGAUGAAGUAACAGAAGCAAUGACGGCAAAUUUUACCGAGAGCACACAAACAACUGUCCCACCAACUUUCAACACAGUCGCCGAAACCACCACUGCCGCUCCCCAACCCACCACCAUACAAGGGCCCUCACCACCUGUAGACCUUGAUGCAGCAGCGUGCAGCGGUCGACCUUUUGAUGCUUUUCUGCAGCUGAAGAACGGGUCGAUAUAUGCAUUUAGAGGUGAAUAUUUCUUUGAGUUGGAUGACAAAGCCGUACUUCCUGGUUACCCAAAACUCAUCGAGGAUGUGUGGGGGAUCUCUGGACCCAUAGACGCUGCAUUCACACGCAUCAACUGCCAGGGAAAAUCCUACAUCUUUAAGGGGAACAAGUACUGGAGGUUUGACGGUGAUGUCUUGGAUGACGACUAUCCGCGAGACAUUUCAGUCGGCUUCGAUGGCAUACCAGAUGACAUUGAGGCCGCGUUUGCCAUACCAGCACCGAGUCACCGUGGCAAAGAGAAAACCUACUUUUUCAAAGGAGACAAGUAUUACCAGUAUGCGUUCAAGAACCAGCCUUCCCAUGAGGAGUGCGUCCAGAUGAGCAGGUCCUCCCCAUCUGUGCUGUUCACAAGCUACAUGGACCUCUUCUGUGAUCAGACAUGGGAGGAUUUCUUCACAGAGCUCUUUCAAAGCUCCUACAGCAGUCACCACACAGGCACUGGUUUCACCAGUCGGGACUGGCAGGGCAUCAGCGGCCCUGUAGAUGCAGCCAUGGUGGGACGAGUUUACCUCAGUUUCAAGCCCACGGCCCCUCCUGCAAAGAGGCGCAGCAGUAGGAGGAGGAGGCCCAGCAACAAGCGUGCACAGCGAAGAAGGCAGAGUCGCCACGUGUUGUUUGAUGAUUUCUGGGGUUAUGAUGAUUGGUUUGACUACAGCGACUUAAGCGACACCAUUGAUGAGAGCACGACACAGGAGCACAAAAGCACCCCCAUUCAAAAUGUGUAUUUUUUCAAGAGAGAUAAAUACUACAGAGUGAAUCUGCAGAGAAAACAUGUGGACACUGCCGAACCUCCUUACCCACGAUCCAUUGCAAAAUACUGGCUGGGCUGCAAGAGUGAAGAGAUUCUUGAUGCAUCGAGGGCAGAGAAGAAAUAG